UUUUUGAUCAAUUCAGGGCAAGCAGCAUUUAUCAGAUUAAAAUUUCUGCUGGCAGUCGAGUUUGCGAGGUGCCUCGUCUUUUUUAGUAAACGAUUUUAUAGGACAUGUGACUAAAUUACCCGCUCACAUGGCGGCUGUGUUUGCAUGAUCCGCUUUAGUUUUUAAAGUCCAGUGCUCGAGCUCGCUCUGCAACAACCAUCCGGAGCCGAAGACCACUAAAACGCACGACCUAACCGGACAAGCCAUGGCGAGCAGUGGACAAAAAGUAGUUCUGAUCACGGGUUGCUCCUCCGGCAUCGGGUUACGAAUCGCCGUCCUGCUGGCCAAAGAUGAAAAGAAGCGUUACCAUGUCAUUGCCACCAUGCGGGACCUGAAGAAGAAGGAUAAGCUGGUGGAGGCAGCAGGUGAUGCGUUUGGGAAGACCCUCAUGCUGCUGCCCCUGGACGUGUGCAGUGAUGAGUCAGUCAAGCAGUGCAUCAACAGUGUCAAGAACCGCCAUAUUGAUAUCCUCAUCAACAAUGCAGGUGUGGGCUUGUUGGGACCCGUGGAAAGCAUCAGUAUCGAGGACAUGAAGAGGGUGUUUGAGACCAACUUCUUUGGCGUGGUGAGGAUGAUUAAAGAGGUCAUGCCUGACAUGAAGAAGAGGCGGGCGGGACACAUCGUGGUCAUGAGCAGUGUUAUGGGUCUACAGGGUGUAGUGUUCAACGAUGUCUACACUGCCUCCAAGUUCGCCAUGGAGGGCUUCUGUGAGAGUAUGGCUGUCCAACUGCUCAAGUUUAACGUCCAUUUGUCUAUGAUUGAGCCAGGGCCGGUGCACACUGAGUUUGAGACGAAGAUGAUGGAGGACGUGGCCAAGAUGGAGUACCCAGGAGCUGAUGCAGACACAGUGCGCUACUUUAAAGAUGUUUACCUGCCCUCCUCCAAGGAUAUCUUUGAGGCCAUGGGUCAGACCCCAGAGGACAUCGCCAAGUGUACUAAGAAGGUGAUCGAGUCAAGGAACCCUCGCUUCAGGAACCUGACCAACAGCCUGUACACGCCCAUCGUGGCCAUGAAGUAUGCCGACGAGACAGGAGGCCUGUCGGUCAACACCUUCUACAACCUGCUGUUCAACUUCGGCCCCCUCAUGCACAUCACCAUGAGCAUCCUUAAGUGCCUAACCUGCAGCUGCCUGCGCCGACGCACCAUCUCACCGAACUGAGAGAGACCGGGUCUUGGUAUGAAAUGUAACCCUAUUCCCUAUAUUGUGCAUUACCAGGGUAGAAAGUAGUGCAUUAUAUAGGGAUAGGGUGCCAUUUUGGACAUACCCUGUGAUAAAUAUACAGUGGUGUAGCUCAUUGACACCCAAACCUGGACCACCUGGGGGAAGGAGGGGGCAUGUAGUUCUCGGCGAGAGAGGCCGUGAGAGAACCAGGAUAAGCUUUGGCCAGGCAACACGCACAAUUGCACAAACACAGACAGUACAGUGUGACCUCAUGCAUGGGGCUAGAAGUUUUUUCUGGUCAGAUCAUAUGAUCGGGAAAAACUUCUGGCCCUCCUCAUACAUACACAUGAUUACACACAAACAACUUACCCACAAACACAGCCAGGCAUAUCCUCCGUCCUGGUCUUUUGAGGUGCUGCUGGGGCAAUGACACUGUCUGUCCAUCUGUCUGUCUGUCUGUCCAGCUGUCCGUCCGUCUGUCCGUCCGUCUGUCUGUCCGUCCGUCUGUCCAUCUCUGUCAGUCUGUCUGCCGUCUGUCCGUCUCUGUCUGUCCGUCUCUGUCUGUCCAUCCGUCUGUCCGUCCGUCCCUGUCUGUCCGUCUCUGUCUGUCUGUCCGUCUGUCUGUCUGUCUAUCUGUCUCUGUCUGUCCGUCCGUCCCCGUCUGUCCGUCUCUGUCUGUCUGUCCGUCCGUCUGUCCGUCUCUGUCUGUCCGGCCGUCCGUCCGUCCGUCUGUCCGUCUCUGUCUGUCCGUCUCUGUCUGUCCGUCCGUCCGUCUGUCCGUCUCUGUCUGUCCGUCUGUCUGUAUGUCCGUCUGUCCGUCUCUGUCUGUCCGUUCGUCCGUCUGUCUGUCUGUCUGUCUGAAAAACAAAGCACACAUAACCAGUUACAAAGAAUAACAAAAAACAACAGCAUUGCAAUCACAGUGCAAGCGUAACGUAGCACCCAAUGAACUUAAGACUCAGGCCUUGCUAAACUCUUAGUACAAUGCAGUAUUUUGCUCUGAGUUACGAAGAAUCUACUAGAUUCCUUCAUUGUACAUUUGAUUUGAUGUAUGUCUUUAUAGUAGUAUUGUUGUUUUGCUGUUUAAUCAUAUUAUUUCUACAUCUUUUUAUAUAGAAUGUAUGGUUUUUAAAAGUGUAUGAAUUGAUAGAUUGUUAAUAUCUUAUUUUUGAAAGUAAUUAAUUGAUUUAGAAAUAAACUUCUUGGUUUACU